AUGGAGAACUACACGGUCCGGAAUAAUUUCACCCAAGUCCUCUCAGAUCUGGGUGGGGUGGGUGGUGAGGAAGAGUGGGAGGAGGAAGAAGAGGACAGUGGAGGGGGGCAUGGACUGCGCAUCCUCAUUGGCUGUGUCCUUUUCCUGCUCAUCGUGUCCACGCUGCUUGGAAACACGCUGGUGUGCGCCGCCGUCAUCAAGUUCCGGCACCUGCGUUCCAAAGUCACCAACUUCUUUGUGAUCUCGUUGGCCGUGUCCGACCUCUUUGUCGCCGUGCUGGUGAUGCCCUGGGAGGCCAUCACCGAGGUGACCGACACAUGGCUGUUUGGAGGCUUCUGUGAUGUGUGGAUCACCUUCGACAUCAUGUGCUCCACAGCCUCCAUCCUCAACCUGUGCAUCAUCAGCGUGGACCGCUACUGGGCCAUCGCCAGCCCCUUCAAGUACCAGCGAAAGAUGACCCACCGGGUGGCGUUUGUCAUGAUUGGGGUGGCAUGGAUGCUUUCCAUCCUUAUCUCCUUCAUUCCAGUGCAGAUGAACUGGCACAGGGCUCAGGAGGAGGUGGGUGAUGGGAUGAUGGAGGAACUAGGGACCAUACUGGACAGGAACUUCACAAACACCAGCAAUCUCAACAGGAGCACCAUGGCAGCCAUGAGCUGUGUGGCUAAUCUGAACAAAACUUAUGCCAUCUCCUCUUCCCUCAUCAGCUUCUACAUCCCUGUUCUGAUAAUGAUCGCCACUUACACGCGGAUCUAUCGAAUUGCUCAGACCCAAAUUCGCAGGAUCGCGUCUUUGGAACGGGCGGCCGAGCAGGCUCAAAACCAGGGUUACGGUGUAAACAGGAACCAGCAGCAGCACCGGGCGACUGAUGAGGCCUCUUUGAAGUCGUCCUUUAAGAAGGAAACCAAAGUUCUGAAGACAUUGUCGAUCAUCAUGGGGGUCUUUGUGUUUUGCUGGCUACCGUUCUUUGUUCUGAACUGCACCGUGCCCUUCUGCGACCCGCCGUGUGUUAGUGACACCACCUUCACUGUUUUUGUCUGGUUCGGCUGGGCCAACUCUUCUCUUAACCCGGUUAUUUAUGCCUUCAACGCAGACUUCCGCCGAGCUUUUGCCACCAUUCUGGGUUGCAACCGCAUCUGCUCCAACAACACAGUGGAAGCUGUGAACUUCAGCAAUGAGCUUGUCUCUUACCACCAUGACACCACGUUCCACAAGGAGGCACUGGUUCCUGCACAGCCCCAGCAGCGUCCUCGUAACCUGAGCAUCGGUUUAGACGACUGUUUGGAGGACAUGAGCGCACAGUUUGACGAGGAGUCCAACAUCUCCAAUGGUUCUCCGAGCCAAGGCAGGCUUUUGAUGCUUCCUGCCACAGUCCAACUGGAUGACAACACAGAGAUUUCUCUGGAAACAAUCACGCCAAUUACCUCAGCAUUAAGACUUGAGAGUGAGGUUUUCAUACCAGGACAAGUCCAACAGGAUGGAUAGUGUCAAACCUGAACUAAGAGCCAUAAUGAUACAGAUGAACUCAACAACCUCGUCAUUCCAGUAUUAAGGUAGCAAUGGUAGUCCACGGUGCAAACUGGCCAUCAAUAAAUGCUCUGAAAUUCUGAGAUAUCCACAAGCGUGAAAGAAACUGUUUUGGCCAGGGUUACUAGGGAAAUCACAAGCAUUUGUCCUGAACCAUCUCGGUAAAAAAGUAACAUCCUUUUUUAUAAACAAUACAUCAGCCACAGCUGAUCACCACUCUCACCUAGAACAGGACAUACAUUUGCUUUUACUGCUUUUUGUUCAGUGCCAAAAGGGAAAAUAACGUGAGAAAAGGAUCUAGUUCACUCCACACCAAUGCAAUGCACAAAUGACUGGUAAGGAUGACACACAGGAGCUUGGAGAGCCACCUCCUAGUUUAAAUUCAGUGGUUUUUAUCAUCAACAGUGUGUUAAGUGUUAUUUAUUCCACCAAACAACUGAAUGUUUUAAUUAGUUUGUGUUUUGGGUAAACAUGUGUGUUCCUCUCCUUAGUGUUUGUGUUUAUAAGGGUGUAAAAACUUGUGAGCUGCUCUGUGGAGCACAUCCCGCUGUGUUGUCAACCCUACCCUGGCAUUAGAUGGCAAUUCAAGAUAAAGAUUUCAAACUGAGACAUGAGACAUUCUUUGCACCAAUGAUUGUUUGUAGAUAUGUGAGUAUUCUGAAUUAAGAAAGGUGUUUGACCGUAAGCAGAUGAACGUCCUUGAUGGUUAAAAAAUGUGGAGACUGUUGGUGCAUUUAAGAACAAGCAGCCGCUG